GAGUGUUAGGAUUACAGGCGUGAGCCACCGCGCCCGGCCUACUUUGAUUUUCCUUUAAGAAAAGCAAAAUUUAUGGAAAUCAAACUGGUUUUGACUCAGGAGCCACAAGAAGAAUUUCCACUCCUGGGGGAAUAUGAAUCAUCGGCCCUGACGCCCUGCCUUCGACCUCAACUCCAGCAGAGACAGAAAUCAUAGUCUCGUCUCGCAAACGAGGCCUCAGGCUAGAGGAGGUGUUUCUUCAAUGAGUCGCACUGAGCAGAUGUCCACGGACCGCGCAGCAGGCCAGAGGCUGGCACUGACGUCUGUGUAGGGCCAGCUUCACAGGGGAGGAGACUGCAGCCCAGGAAGAGACGGGGUCUCACUGUGUUGCCGAGGCUGGUCACGCAGCAGUGCGGUUUGAUAAGUGCCAUGACAGGCAGGUUCUGCUACAUGCUAAGUGCUCAAUGACUGUUUACGCUAUGUUUCAGGAUUUCCCACCAGUGCUUUUGUCUGUGUACACUGCCUGAGGCCUUUGGUACCCUCAAAUCCUUUCUACAGUUAAGCAACAGGAAGCAGAGAAACCGGCAGGGACGGGACCCUGGGGCGCUCUCCUUUAUCCUUGGUCAUAAUUGUCCAACUUCAAAAUAAAUUCUCUAACACCCCUAGUCAUCAGGCUUAUCAUACUAUCAAAGGGUGUUUGAUGUUUUCGGCUUAAGUGAUAAAAAAAAAAUAGUACUCAAGGAGGAAGCAGCUCGCGUUGCGCUGUGAGUAGCAGGCAAGCCCAGCACCAGAGCCGAGUAGUGGAGACUGGGCUCACCUGCGUCAGCCUCGGGACGGCACCUGCAUCACUCAAAACCGAGAAUGUUCUGAGUGCACAGAAUGUGGAGAUGCGUGUCCAUGGGCCGGUGUCGGUUGGUCCACGCAGAGACCCCGUGAUACUAAGAUUGCCACGUGAAGCGCAGAGGAGCUGCACCGUGGACUUUAACAGGGCUCCCCACCUGCGGCACUCCGGCGGGUCUACACUGAGAACAAUGGAGACAAUGAAGAAAGGAAAAAGGAGUUUUAGCACCCAGAUCUAGAUUGUUCUAUCCUUAAAGUACCUAAGGCUGUUAUAAACACACAUCUAAACUACCUGACUUCUGUAACAGUCUAGAUGGGAAAUCAGACAAGGAAUUGAGAAGUUUUCAAAAAUUCAAAUGAAGAAAACCGAAAAUGCAUGAAAUUCCAUCUGAAGUCAGCUAGAGACUUGGGUACCACCUGUUGUGCUUAAGUCCAUUUAACGCAAUGCAACACAAAUGGAAUGUGUUGUUCAUAACGUGCAUGUAAAGCUUCCUACUAAAUUGUGUAAAUCUGUACAAAAUGGGCUUUCCGCGGUCGUCCCACUGUCGAUAAAAUGAAGUUUUUAAAAAUGCCAUUAUUUUGCUGAUUAAAUAACCCUAACUUCAAACAGUUCCGUUUUCAUUUAAAGGGGAGUGGUUUCCCGAACGGCAUUCGGUCAGAACAGGUGCUAUCAUGUUCACGACAUUCAAGCCAUUGGGUUUUUACAUCCCCACCAGAGCUAAUCAGAAGGCGUUUUCUCUCUUUCUACCUGUCCCCCCCAUCGGAAGCCCGUGUGACGCUUCUCUUCUCGGUAUGUUUUACAACUCAUUAGUUGUUGGCAUCCUCUACAGCGUCCUGGCCAAAAAACGAUUCAUUCUCUCUUUGAGCACAAUUAGCUGUGAAAACAGAUCUUAGGCCGGACCCCCUCCCUCCCCCGAGGAUUACCGAGGGUAGGAAAUGCAGGCGAUUAUCGGAGUUUGCCUUUGAUACAGACAUCCUGCUCUGCUGCUGGCCCUUUGAACUGACUUUGAUACGCAGUAAUUAAGAGGGAUUCAACCCCUUGGAGGAGAAGGCGCGUGGCCCUGCCCCUUCUCUCCUUCUACUGAGCCUUCGUUUUGAACUAUCGAUCAAACAGAUUUGUGGGGAUUUGUCGAAGCCUGUGUGGGCUGAGGAGGGGAGGGGCAGGGUGGGGGAGAGCUGAGGGCACAUCUGCCUAUAAAUCGUUUAAGAGAGAACCUGCCGGCCACACCUGACUCCCGAGCACCUUACUCAGACUAAGAUUUGCUUCUCUUUCAGAAAGAGCCGGUUGCAGAGGACUGGCCGGGUGGCCAGUGUGGCGGGGGCUCUGCCGUGGGUUUGGAGCAGCGUGGGGGACAGUGUGCGCGCCCUGGAGCAGCCGUGGCGGCGAGGGAUGGUGGCGGCGGUGCUGCUGGGGCUCGGCUGGCUCUGCUCCCCGCUGGGCGCCCUGGUCCUGGACUUCAACAGCAUCAGGAGCUCUGCCGACCUGCACGGGGCUCGGAAGGGUCCACGGUGCUUGUCCGACAAAGACUGCAGGACUGGAAAAUUCUGCCUCAUGCCUCAAGAUGGGAAGCCAUUCUGCGCUGCCUGCCGCGGGUUGUGGAGGAGGUGCCAGCGCCACGCCAUGUGCUGCCCCGGCACGCUCUGCGCGCAUGAUGUCUGUACCACGAUGGAAGGUGCAAGCCCCACGUUGGAACCACAGACCUACGACCAAGACGGCACACAUACAAAAGAAACAACUGAUCACCCCAUUCAGGAAAACAAACCCAAGAGGAAGCCAAACAAUAAGAAAUCACAAGGAAGUCAGGGACAAGAGGGAGAAAGCUGUCUUAGAACUUUCGACUGUGGCCCUGGACUUUGCUGUGCUCGUCAUUUUUGGACUAAAAUUUGUAAGCCAGUCCUCUUGGAGGGACAGGUCUGCUCCAGGAGAGGGCAUAAAGACUCUGCUCAAGCUCCGGAAAUCUUCCAGCGUUGUGACUGUGGCCCUGGACUGUUAUGCAGAAGCCAAGCGACCGGCAACAGACAACAUGCUCGGUUAAGAGUAUGCCAGAAAAUAUAAAAAACUAAAUAUUUUGGAAUAAGGGAUCCUCAUUGUAUUUAAAGAGUAUCCAAUAUUAAUUUUAAAAUAUUUCCAUACAAUCAUCUCUUAAAAUCAAAUCUUGUAGCGACAGAAAUAGAAUGAAACUAGAGACUUGUGAAAUGCUGGCUUGUGAUGAAUGGAGAGUAGUGUCGGCCUUUCGUUGAUUCUCCACAAAACUGAUGUAUGUGAUUCUAUAGCAAAAAAUUUAAUUCUCAUCUAGUGACUUAAUUAGUGCAAAUAAAUCUUUCUUUGAAAUUGUAUAUGCUUAAAGUGUACAGUGUGAUGUUUCGAUAUACAUGCAGUGAACAGAUCACUAGUCACACUGACGAGUAUCUCCGUCUCCAAAAAAGUCUUUGAUUUCUGGUGAAGAGCUGGCACCUGACAGUAUCUCUGGGGGAAAAAAAUGAUGGUAUCUGAACUUAAAGUAAAUUAAUUCUUAUAUCUUACCAGGGAAAAUUAUCAUAGCAAAUGCUAUAUUUUUCCUUAAAAAUGCUAUUAUUUCCCUUCCUUUUUUAGAAGGGAAAUGACAUUUCACUACAAAAUAAUUUGGCUAACAAAGAAGUAAGAUUCAAAAGGCAACCUUAUGUUUGUAUAGUCCUUUGUAAGUCACAAAGCAUUUGCACACACUUUGUUUUCAAUAGCUUUACUUUAUCAUUUAAUAACUUUUUACAUCUUAUAUUUAUAUAAUUUUUAUAGCUUUUCAAGGAAUGUUUUUACCUAUAUAUUUUGACCAUUUGUACUUAAAAGUUUCCUCAGAGAAUUCAGGCAAAAAAAAUGACAUUUUUAUUUAUUUGACAUUUAAAAGGCCAUAUUUUGUGCAUCUUAGAAGUAGUUUUGCUUAGGAAAGCUCUAAUAAGAGUACAAUUAAUUGCUACGGAUUUCAUUUAAGAGAUAAACUACACAUCUGUUCUUUUAUUUAAGUUAUAAAUAAAUAUUACAAAAUCAAAUAUGGGCCCAUCAAAAAAUUAAACUUAUGAAAGUCCCUAAUUUCAUCUUCCAGAGACUAACAUCUUGCAGAGGGUGUACCUUAAUUGAUAUUAGUCAAUUUAUCAUCAGUAAAUAGGAGAAAAGGUACUAGGGUGAUGUAGUUAUAGCACAGAACGGAAUACAAUAAAAUUUCCCACUAAGAUCUGUUCUCAUCUCCUCUCUCACUUCUCUACUAAACC